AUGAAGUCAACCAAGGUCCCCAAGAGACCCACGCUACAUUGGAACAAAUACAGGCGACAGGUGCUUUGCUGUUUGUAUCGCUUCUUUGUUUGCAGCAAAAAGCAAACCGAAGAGAUAUUCUCCUACAUGUUUCGGAGUCAUCUAAAUGAUCGCGGCAUCCAAGGCUUUGUUCCAUUUACCACACUGAACACCCAGUGGGUUUGGAUGAAGACCAGACGGGAUCCAGUUUGGUCCCACGUGCAUACGAGCACCUCAUUUGACACCGAUGGCGAGUGGAAAGAGAUUAUUGCAAGAAUCAAAUCUGCAGCUAAAAUUUUACGGUUCGAACUCCAUGAGAAGACGGAGGACGACAUCAACAUAUCGCGCUCGAGCUCUGUGGGGUCCGAUGACGAACGGAGUAUUGCACUCAAUGGACCCGCCGCGCCAAUGCUUCCGCAUUCGUUCUCUACUCCGGAGACUCUCGGUCCGAUGGUAUUAGUAUCCCCGAGGCGGGAUCAUGGCUUCGGCGAAAGUCCCAGAGCAAACCAAAACAUCGAGCGAAACGUCGACCAGACCACCAACCGGACUAUUGACCAGCGGAAUGAUCCCCAGAAUGACCCCUACAAUGGACUCAAUAGGCCCAACGAGCCGGUCGUCACUGGCCAUGGCAAGCUCUGUUUCUGGUGCAAACAUGAAGGAGCCAUCUACGAGCCCGAGGAGAUCCAGGAACUGCAAAACGAGGCCUACGAUGACAGUGGAUAUGAGGGUCAUAGUCAUGACAACGAACAUAACAAUCUACAAGACGAUCCUGUUAUGAGAGAGUAUGUCCAAGGACCCAAGCAGUUUACGAGGGAGGUACAUGGUGAAGUCCCCUAUUCGGAUGAAGAAUCACCUGAUUCAGGGAGCGAGGCGUACCUGAUGACACCCCAUGAAGGCCUCUCAAAAGCGCGCCCAUUUUGCGACCCACACUUGUCCUCGCUUUCAAACCUAGAACAAGAGCCUCUGGAUUCUGAGGAUAAUUCAGAUUGGUGCGCUGACAGAGAAAGCCCUGUUGAUUUGACUGGUUUUGGGGCCCCUUCGAUCUCGGAAGACCAGAAUGGCUCCCUUGUCGAUGAUCGAAUUUCCGCACGAGAGGCUCUGUCCAGAUUCAGAUUUCCCCAUACCCGCGCGGGUCGCGAUGAGACACCUGACGACGGCUUUGGUGAGAGGGCGUCGCGGUAUGAAUGGCCCCCAAAUGAUGAAAUAAUGGUGGAAACUCUACGCCAGUUGUCCGUGGAAGCUCUUCGCCAGGUUGAAAAUCAGUCAAACAAUCGCACUCAUCAAGAGAUGGAUGUCUUGAUGUAUGACGGCAAUACCUGGAACCAGGUGUAG